AUGGUUACAAAACGAGUUAUUUGGCUUGUUCGCCAUGGUGAGCGUAUUGAUAACAUCAACCCUGAUUGGAAAACAACAGCGAAGCGCUGGGAUGAUCCUCCAUUGAGUGAACGAGGAGUUGUACAGGCUGGUGAAGUGGGACUGCGUCUCCUACAGGAAGACAUUUCACAUGCAAUUUGCUCUCCUUUCACUCGAUGUGUUCAAACAAUUACAGAAAUAUUGAAUUAUAGAAAGAAUAAGCCGAAGAUCCUCAUUGAACCGGGAUUAGGAGAAUCAUUAAACGCUUGCAAUGAUCCGCCUGGCCGUCCAGUGUUAGAAGAAAUUCUAGAGAUCACACAGAACGUCGAUACUUCUUAUGCCCCGGUUUUCUCUGUGUUACCUCCAGAACAAGGUGGGGAUGCAGGAUGUUCGUCUCGCAUUGAAUAUACAGUUUUGAAACUCCUUGAGAGAUUUCCGACAGGGAAUAUCCUACUAGUAUCGCAUGGUAGUCCUAUAGCAGCUAGUCAUUUAGCGCUCAUGGGAUCAUGGAACUAUGUUGGUUUAUGUACUAUAGGUAAGGAGAUAAGAAUAUAG